ACACAAAGCUUUGAGUAUUCAGCUAAUAUAAUUGCUGCAUGUUUUUGGCAAAAUAGAGCAUGGGGUGUACUUAGUAAACUAUUUAUAUGAAUACGCAUUUGAGUAGCUAUUCUAACAAGGAUAGUCUUUGAAGAGACAACUGAAUGUUCCCAUGGUGUACCGACAAAAUGUCAGAGGAUGCUGAUUUCAAACAUUAGCUAUUUAGCAUGUCAGUUAGCUUGUGUGCAGUUCUGAAAACAACAAUAAACGUUUGAUUAAUUUACUUUAUUUCUAAAUCGUACUAUCGAAAAGCAGGACGUUUCCCCGUUAGCGUUAUCUUAUGGCUGCUGGUUUUAUGCCAGGUUUACUCGCCCGACUAUUGAGAAAACUUUAUUUUCAGCACUACCCGGCUCAUCAUCAAUACUUCAUCGCUUCAUCACUACUCCUUACGAAUCUCACUUUGUGAGUAUAUUUGUUAAGAAUUUUAACAGUUGUAAAUAUCAGACCUCCCUUUAGAUAGUUUUCCCUGAUACUUUAAUGUUGUGUAAAGCAUGACUACGCUGUCUGAUAUCGAGCCGGUCAGAAAAAAACUGAGGCUUGACACCUCUUCCCCUGAAAGUGUCAAACCAGCACUCCAGAACAAAUCGCCCACCGCAGUAAGAGAGGGCGUCCAAGACAAAGCAACCAGGAAAGAACGUUCCUUUACAAGUGCUUCUAUUAUGGACAGAGUUAGGAACAAGGAGGAGAGCUCAAAGAAUAAUGCAGAGACAGAGAAGCCAGUGAGAUCUAGUCCACCUGGUAAACUGGGUGUGAGGAAGCCUUUGUUGCCAGAGGCGUCCCAGGGACAACCCCGGAGCCAGGUGGCUCGAAGAGGGAAGAGUUUCCAGCAACAGCGACACAGACACUCCCUGGAAGGAUGGUUGGUGGUGAAGAAGAAGCCCAAUUUGUCCUCUGAGCCCCAGUCCAGCGCCACAGAUCCCGAAGCCCAAGUGGACGCUGACAUGAUGGGCCCGGAAAGUCCUGACGUGCCCCUCCUCCAGUCAGCCACCCAUGAGGAGAGAGAGGAGUUUAACCAAACUCAGACACCCUCUCAGAGCACUAUGGAGGCAGCUGUCAGGUCAGCCCAGCCAGUGGAGGCCGGGGCUCAGGCUGAGAUCCUGACUGAUGAAGACCUCACCCCAGAGGAGCUGGACCAGGCAGGGGUGGAUUCCAUGAUGGAGACCCAGAGCUGCACUGAGUCAGACAAGCCGAAGUUGAGCUCCGCUGGGCAGAAAGGCAGUCAUAAAUCAGGGCCCAAAAUCACAGACUACUUCUGCAAACCAUUAUCAGUGACCGCUUCUACUAGUGCUCAGUGCCUGCAGCGGAACGUUCAGGGGGAUGGAGUCAGUGACAGUGGCAGCGACAGACCCUCAGAGGACGAUGAGGAUGAUGAUGUUGGGUCCACUUGGCUGGGGACCCCCAUCUCUGAGUUGAGGAGAACCCCUGCCUGCAGCUCCCCGCUACCUCCACUGAGGGCCUCCGACACGCACACGGUUGCCAUAAGGACAGAUCUCCUUAGGCCUGGUGAGGUGCCUGUGCCCUAUCCAACAAGGUUCAGAGAUGCUUGGGAUGACGUUAAUGUCAAGAUGCCAUGCUCAGAGAAGAACCUCUUUCCAGUUGAGGAUGGAGUUCAAAGCAGAUGGGCCCUAAUUGAGAAAACUCUCUGUCAGUCGUUCCGCAGCUCUCGAGAUGUGAAGGAUGCAAUACUGAAGUACAAUGCUGCUCAUGCCAAGAAAUGGGACUUCACUGCUCUCCACUCGUUUGUGAAGGGUCUGGAGUCGGAGGAGGCUGAGCAGCUGCUGGGGCGUCUCCUGCCUGACAUUGCCCGCUUGGCACUGAACGCAGAACAGCUCAUCACACAGCCAGUGCCCCUCCUGAAGGCCGGACGGAGCCACUCCAUCACGCUGUCUCAGGAGCAGGUGGCCUGUCUCCUGGCCAACGCCCUCUUCUGCACUUUCCCCCGACGCAACUCCCGAAAGUCAGAGUACUUCAACUACCCUGACAUCAACUUCUGCAGGUUGUUUGAAGGCUCCUCACCCAGAAAAGUGGAGAAGCUGAAAACUCUCCUCUGUUAUUUCAAACAAGUCACCGAAAAUAGACCCACUGGACUUGUAACCUUCACUAGGCAAUGCCUCAACAGUUUUCCAGACUGGGAAAGCUCGAUGCAGAGACUUACUCGGCUUCACAUCACCUGUGAGGGCACCAUUGAAGACCAGGGUCACGGGAUGCUUCAGGUGGACUUUGCUAACAGGUUUGUGGGAGGUGGUGUGACGGCCACUGGGCUGGUUCAGGAGGAGAUCCGUUUCCUGAUCAACCCCGAGCUCAUCGUCUCACGCCUCUUCACAGAGUCCCUGCAGUCCAACGAGUGCCUCAUCAUCACCGGUACUGAACAGUACAGUAGGUACAGAGGCUACGCCGAGACGUACAAAUGGGACGGAAGUUGUGAUGACCAGACACCCAGAGACCGAUGGCAGAGGAGAUGCACGGAGAUUGUCGCCAUAGAUGCUUUGAAGUUCCGCACCUUUCUGGAACAGUUCCAUCCAGACAGAAUGAGCCGAGAACUCAAUAAGGCCUACUGUGGAUUUGCACGGCCUGGUGUGGCAAGGCAGCACCUGUCAGCGGUUGCCACGGGAAACUGGGGUUGCGGAGUGUUUGGAGGAGACGCUCGUCUUAAAGCUCUGCUACAGAUGCUGGCUGCAGCGGAGGCGGGCAGAGAUGUGGUGUACUUCACCUUCGGAGACGCAGCCCUCAUGAGGGACGUCCACUGCAUGCACACACUACUUACGGAGAGAGGCGUCAGCGUGGGCUCGGUGUACUCUCUCCUGGAGGAGUACUUCAUCUGUGAGUGUCGUGACUGUCCCAACCGCCGCCCCACCGUCGGCCUCUACGCCUUCAUCGCCGAGCGGGUCAUGAACGACCUCGACAGUGACCUUUCGCCCCCACACCCCCAUGGCGACCUUUGACAUCUCCGUGCCAAAGCCAGUCUCUCGCUCUUCAGCCUUAAGCAUCGUCAGAGGCCGCGGGUCAGACCAGAGCACAACACACACGCAAUAUACAGCCAAAAACGUAAUCCAACAUCACUAAGACUUCACCCAUGACACAGCCUUUCUUUUUUUAAAAAUCCUUGUUUAGAUUGAAAAAUAUGAUCCAAUAUCACAAAGACCUCACCGGUGAGGAAGCCAUUCUUUGUAAUGUCCUUGUUUAAAUUGAAGUGCGUUUUGUUGUGUCCUGGUUUGGAUGGGAUCAUGGCUCUUUUUUUCAGGCACUUAAGCUAAUUUAUUUGAGGGUCAUCCAAGCAGUAGUAAGUGGAUGACUCUCUAUGGUGUUGGAUGAUUCUGGUGUUUUUGUGUGGUGCUCUCUAUCAUGGACUCAGCAUUAGUAUGCAUUAUAAAGACAGAGAUGUUUUGCACGGUCCAUUGUAAGUGCCAUAGCCACUUUUCUUGGCUGCCGCUGUUUUCCGUUUGACUUUGUCCUUCUCUCCUUCCGUCUUAGCACUUCACUUCUCUUUUCUCUUCUUUUUCUGUUCCCCCAUUCUGUGGCUUUUCCUCGUGGCCUGUCUUUUCCUCCCUCCCUCUCUCUCUCCCUCUCUGUCUUUAAUUCUUUUACUCUGUAACCCCCCCCCCCCCCCCCUUUUCUGUCUUUUCUCUUCUGCGUAAUUGAAUUGGCUGCCUGGAGCCCAGUAAAAGGGACAUAAUGAAUAGUAGAGAUAUAAAAAAAAAACAAAAAAAACAUGGAGGCCGUUAUAAAACCCCACAGACGUUUUGUUUGGCCAGCCCACAAGUCUUCACCCAGCCUAUAAUAUAAUACAUUGUCCUGUCCCAUACCCCAUUUUGUAUGCGUAUACUGUCAUAACAUCCAUUUGUGUUAGUUUGGAAAGAAUAGAUCCUCAGGUACCUUUAGAAGGGUGGUGUUAAUGAUUGGAAUGAUUCAACGGUUAGAAGUGUUUAGGGUAGUUGUGUGAAGAAAUAUCUUUCCUCUGUUUGAUGAGUCCUAAAAGAGAUUUUGUUGAACUCAGAGGCUGGAAGAUCUUUUUGUCUUUUUGUUUAGUACUUAAGUACUUAGACACACACCAGUGAGUGCUUUGGACAUUUUUUUCAAUUUUUUGUUUUAUUUCUUUUUUUGAAAAUAAAGAACAAAAGGUAAUCUAUUUUUUAUUAUUGUAAUUAGGCAUUCUUGGGAGUGGUAGUUGUGGUUGUAAUUGCUCUCUGCUUUUUAAAAAAUGAAGCUGAAGUGUUUGUUACUGUAAUUGUGAUUUUAAUAAUAAAAAUUAACUUAACAUACA